AUGGGGCGAUCUAAAUCUAUUGAAGGUAGCAGCAGCCAAAAUACAGAUUCUCAGGAUACCUUUGACAAAGACAUUGAUGGGCUAACAAAUUUAAAGUCUCUUGACAAGAAGCAUCGUCGUCGAGAGUCCAGUUCGUCGGCCGAAACACAGAACACGAAAAAAUCCACAAAAAUGCCGAAGCCGUGCAUCAGUGACGAGGUUUUCCUCAAGGCGGAAAGCAGUUCGGACAACGCGUCUGUUGGAGACAGCGAUGGGGGAUACGAAGCUGAAGAGCUUCCACCCGUCACGUUGUCAGGUUUGAACGGAGACAGCGUGAGUCUCCUCGCCAAAGACGAUCUGCUUGAAGAGAGCGAUUCGUCCAGCUCGCACGUUAAAAGCUCACAGGAUGGCAAAAAGAAUGAAUCUGAAGAUGGCAAUUUAAAAUCCAAGUCUCGUCGCAAGCUGGCCAUAUCAUCUGAUUCUGAAGCCGGUUCCUCUCGCAAGAAGGACAGGGACGUGAAGCUGAGCGACUUCGAAGACUCUGAAGACGACUCCGAGCCUAAGAAGACCAAGAGGAAGAAGAAGGGCAGCGGCAGCGACGGCUCGGACGGCUCCUCCGCUGACGAGAGUAAGAAGAAACGUCGUCGCAUAAAAAAUGUGGACGAGAGCGAUGGUUCAGGAUCAGAGACGGAAACUGAAGGUAGAAAUAAACACGGGAGAAAAAAUAUACGGAAGGUCAUGAGUAAAAAUCAAUUGGAGGAGGCGACUAAAAAAGCAGCCAGGGAAGAAAAGGAAAGAAUCGCUCGGAUAGCGGAGAGACAGAAACUGUACAACAAUUUAGAAUUCGAUGAAUCAGGAAAGCCGGAUGAGGUUGUGUUAGAUAAAGUUGUUUUGGAUUUUGAUCCGGAGACCAAAGAACCUUUGAUAGAGGUUGAUAAAGGACUCGUUAAGAAAUUGAAACCGCACCAGGCUAACGGUAUAAAGUUUAUGUGGAACGCAUGCUUCGAAAGUGUCAAGAGAAUCAAGAAAGACAAAGGCUCCGGAUGCAUACUGGCGCAUUGUAUGGGUCUAGGGAAGACGUUACAGGUGGUUUCCCUCACCCACACACUACUGACUCACAGCGAACUCACAGGCGUGAACCGCGUGCUAGUAGUGUGUCCUCUCUCCACGGUCCUCAACUGGGUCAACGAGUUCCGUAUAUGGUUAAAACACACUGAGAACGAAUAUGACGUCGAGGUUUACGAAUUGUCAAGAUUCAAACAGAACAGCGAGCGCUCUUACCAGUUGUCGUCGUGGUUCGCGAGCGGCGGAGUGUGUGUGCUGGGGUACGAGAUGUUCAGGAACCUGUCCUCCGACACCAACAAGAAGUUCAAGAAGAAGAUGAUGAAGAGCUUCCAGGAGAGCCUCGUGGACCCCGGUCCGGACUUGGUGGUGUGUGACGAGGGACAUCUCUUGAAGAAUGAGAAGACGAGCCUGUCUCAGGCAAUGAACCGAGUGAGGACGCUGAGACGGAUAGUACUCACUGGAACACCGCUACAGAAUAAUCUUAAAGAGUAUUACUGCAUGGUUCAAUUCGUGAAGCCGAAUCUGCUGGGGAAGUACAACGAGUAUCUCAAUAGAUUCGUCAAUCCUAUAACAAACGGACAGUACACCGACUCUACGGAACAUGAUAUAAAAGUUAUGAAGAGACGGUCACAUGUACUGCACAAGAUGUUAGACGGAGCUGUACAGAGGCGAGACUACGGGGUGCUGGCGCCCUUCCUGCCUCCCAAACACGAAUACGUGCUGUUCAUAACACUCACAGAAGUACAGAUCAAGUUGUAUCAACACUACCUUGAUAAUUAUUCUAGGAAACCGCUGGCUGGUAAAUCUUCAGGAUUCCUGUUCCCCGACUUUCAAUCCCUACAAAGGAUAUGGACACAUCCACUUGUACUUAAGUAUAACUCGGAGAGAUAUGAAAUUAUGCAACAGAAGAAGAGGGAGAGAGAGGAAGAAGAUUCUGAGAUGUCUGAUUUCAUAGAUGAUGACUCCACACCGGAGGAAUCUUCUACAGAAGAAUCGUCAGAUAGUUUAUCUGAUAUGAGCGAUGACAGUCGAAAGAAAAGUAAGAAGAAGAAGUCGGGGAAGAAAGGUAAAGGAAAAGAUAGCAAGGUGACGCGACGAGGCACGCGAGCAAAUCCAGUGGAGAUGGAGGACGAGCCGGCCGUCGUCGAGUCAAGGGAUCUGAAGACGGAGAACCCCACCGAGUGGUGGAUGACGCUGGUCAGCGAGGAUGAGCUGGACGACAUGCGGCACUCGCACAAGCUGGUGCUGCUGUUCGAUAUACUGAGGCAGUGCGAGGCCAUUGGGGACAAACUGCUGGUGUUUUCUCAAUCUCUGUACUCGUUGGAUCUGAUCGAACAUUUCCUGGGUAAAGUGGAUGACGCUACGCAGGAGGGGAGAGUCGAUGAAAAACUAAAUGGACAUGUUGGUUCCUGGUCGCCCGGCAUCGAUUACUUCAGACUGGACGGGUCCACGUCGUGUGAGAACAGAUCUAUAUGGUGCAAGAACUUUAACAGGGAAGAUAACCCUCGAGCGAGAUUGUUCCUGAUCUCGACUCGCGCGGGCGGUCUGGGCAUCAACCUGGUUGCAGCCAACCGGGUGGUCAUCUUCGACGUGUCGUGGAACCCCUCGCACGACGUGCAGAGCAUAUUCAGAGUGUACCGCUUUGGACAGAAGAAACCCUGCUAUAUAUACCGGUUCUUGGCUAUGGGCACAAUGGAAGAAAAGAUCUACGAGCGUCAAGUAACGAAACAGGCGAUAUCAAAACGAGUUAUAGACGAACAACAAAUAGAUCGACACUACGCCGAGAACGACCUCGCUGAGCUAUACAAGUUCGAACCGAACCCGCCGCCCAGAGAAAUACCGCCGCUACCUAAAGACAGGCUGUUCGCUGAGAUGCUCAAGGAACACGAGACACAGAUCUACAAAUAUCACGAGCACGACUCGCUGCUGGAGAACAAGGAGGAGGAGACUUUAACGGAGGAGGAGAGGAAGGCGGCCUGGGAGGACUUCGAGAACGAGAAGACGCGCCCGCCGCCCGCAGCCUUCAGCUACAACAUGCACAACGGAAUGAUGCCAGGUCUAUUCGCUCAACAACAACAGCUGGCGUAUGCAGCGCUAGCGGCCAUGUUGAGGAAGGAAACGCCCGGAAUAAACGACAGUCAAAUAAGAGACAUGCAGACACUGCUAUACAACUCAAACCCAGCCAUAUUCGGUGGAUAUGACUAUGGCCUGAUGCAGAAAAUGGGUGAAAUAUAUAAAUACGCUCAGCCGGGUAUGAUGAACCCGGGCAUGAUGAACGCAGGGAUGGUGAAUCCAGGCGGUGGUAUGGGUGGCAGUAGCGGCCUUCAGUACGAGCCGCCCUGGCAGCGACAACAACAGAUGAGAAUGCAACAACUCAUGCAACAACAAAAUAUGGGUGCAAAGUACUACGCAGGGGGUCUCGGCAGUCGCGACCCGGUGGCGAUGGCGCUGCAGCAGCAGAGGGCGAGGGAGAUGAUGCUGGGCGAGCGGGCACGGCCGCGGGGACGACCGCCGGGACGAGCGAACAUACACCCGCCCGUACAGACUACCACGGAUGUAGUCAACCUGGACUCGGACUAG